UUUCUUAACGUACUAAUUCCGGAUAGAGUAGAAUACUAUAUUAAACUACCCCCUAGAUUAGACAAGCCAUCUAAACUCGGGUUCGAAUUAAUCCCUUCUAACCUCUAUCUCUUUCGCUAUAGAGAUAUAGGUAUACUGCUUAUCCUAUACAUUAACGACCUUCUUAUCGCCAUAAAAGAUAGCUCUACCGUUAACGGAAUUUGUAACUAUCUAAAGGAUAGAUAUAACCUUAAGGAGCUUGGUAAAGUCAAACGAUUCCUAGGACUAGAUAUCUUAUAG